AUGGAGGAAGUUAAAUGCAUUAAACAGGAACUUUCUGGACUUAAGGAGUCUUGCGAAUUCAACCGCAACCAAUCAGAUAGACAAGCGCUUAAAAUUUCCAAUUUAGAACUGAAGAUAUCCAACAUACUAAAAAUGGAAUCUUCUAUUGAUGCGACGACCUAUAAAAUUAAUGCUCUUGAGAAAGGCUUGGCACUUAGAGAUCAGUGGACUCGUCUUAACAAUAUUGAGGUUAAGGGUGUACCAAUUAAAACAAACGAAAAUAUUUUCUCUGUUAUCAAGUCGUUGACUAAUGAAGUGGGCCAAAGCUGUCGUAAGUACCAAAUAAAUUAUAUUGCGAGAGUACCGAUGCAAAACCACAAAGAGAAAUAUAUAGUCAUAAAUUUUGUUAACCGCUAUAUCAAGGAAAAGUUCAUAGCUGCAGCACAGGCUAAGAAACAUAUAACUGCUGCUGAUAUUGGAUUUGGAGUCAACUGA